CUAUGACAACGGCAGAUUUCUAGCAUCGUCAGAGGAGACAAACGGCGGCCCGCAGCUCGGCUCCGUACGAACACUCCGUCCGGUACCGCGUUGUGUACAUGAGCGCUCCGGGGCCGCGGUGCGCGUAGCCGCAGGCAGAAGAGAAAGGACCGCGCGAACAACAUGGCUCUCUUUCAGCAUCCCCGGCUGCUGCUCGCAUGCGUCGCGCUGUCCUCGGCGCUCCAACGCGGCGACGCCCGAUCUUUGCCCAUAUCGGAUUUAAAGUCCAAAAUCACCGGCGUGGAGGAGCUGCUGGAGGAAUUUCGCCAGCAGCUCCAGCAGGACCAGACGCGCCGGGCCGGCGACGCGGUGGAUUCCUGCGCGGGCGACUUCGACGCCGUCGGGGAGCGCAUCAUCCGGACCAAGGCCUCCAUCGAGCAAGGGGCCACCUUCCUGAUGGUCCCGGACAGGGUGUACACCUGGAAGGACUGCCUGCACGCCUGCUGCUCCCAGCCGCACUGCACCGUGGCGGUUCUUCAGCGGGACCGCCAGGGGCAGCCCGGGGACAGCCUCAGCUGCUACCUGUUCAACUGCACCUACCGGGGCGCGAGCGUGUGCACCUUCGCUCCGCAGCAGGGCUUCACCACCUACAGCCGGAGCCCCAACACCACCGCGCAGGGGCGGCUCCCUGUGUCCCCCAGCGGGGCAGCCAGGGGGGCCAGUGAGGAUGAAACGCAAGCAGAUGCGGAUGAGCCUCCUCGCAGUGACGCCGGACAGGACGUGGUGAUCCAGCUGCCCACGGACUGGGCCGUCCUGGAUGGACGGGACAGCGUGGACGACCAUGGGAUCAGCCGGUAUGAAUGGACUCUCGUCAAGGGGGACACGGCCAUCAAUAUGAAGGCGACUCAUCCGGGGCUGCUGAACAUCGGCGGCCUCCAGGAGGGAGUGUACUCCUUCCAAAUGACGGUCACCGACACGGCGGGCCAGAAAAGCUCCGACAACGUCUCGGUGACUGUGCUGCCGCCAAAACACCAAGCAGAAGUGUGCACAGGUUUCUGUUCAAAGUACCAGUUCAAGUGUGAUGACGGCUGCUGUAUUGACAUCACCUUCGCCUGUGAUGGGAAGCAACACUGCACAGACCGCUCUGAUGAAAUCUUCUGCCCAAUCUUUGACAGCAGCAGGAAGUCGUCGACCCACCCUGCAGAUGUGUCAAACCGUCACGGCCUCGUAUCCCAGCCAGAGGAGGAGGAGGAGGAGGACGGCUCCAUGCUCCAGACUGAGCCCAGAAAGCCCAUCGAGAACCUCGUGCCACCUCAGGACAGGAGCAAGGCCGCUUUCCCUCUAAAUCCCAGUCAAGGGGGGGCUUCAGACAGUCAGGAUCCAUGUGCUGCAGCUCCGGUCGUUGGACCGUGUAAAGGCACCUUCCCACGCUGGUACUAUGACCAAAAUGCGGGCGAGUGCAAACGCUUCCUCUAUGGCGGUUGCCAGGGCAACCACAACAACUUCCUCCAGGAAGCUGACUGUGUCAGCGAAUGUAUCCAAAAAAGUCAAGCUUUCAAACCAGCAACUGUGGCUCCUCCAAUCACCAAACAGACUGAUAUUGCUUCCCCAAAAGUGUCCCUGAGCCGUGCCGAGAGCAACGUGCCCGUCUCCAAACUCUUUCCGGUGAUGGGAGGGCAUCCGGUACCAGAGUCAGGUGCGAUCCUUCCUCUGACCCUCGGCCUCAUCAUCACUGCUCUGCUGCUGCUCAUGAUUGGCUGUCGCCUCCGACUCGUUGGACACAGGCUGAAGAAAGCGCGACCCCUCACCACAGAGGAGUCCGAUUACCUCAUCAACGGCAUGUACCUGUAGCCAAUCAGCUG